AUGUCUGAAUUUCAUUCACUAGCUAACCUCAUAAAACGGCUUGAGGUAGCAACGACACGUCUAGAAGACUUGGCCAUGUCUUCUUCUUCUGCUUCUGCAGUAUCUGCUACUGUUAAUACAACAACACCAAGCACCUCUUCACACACAGGUGCACAGUCCUCGGCAGAUACGAAGCAAGUUCCUGCAGUUGUCGAGAAACACGAUGCUGCUCUCUAUCCUCCUCUCGAAAAGUUUAUUACCUUGUCAUCUGAUAUUAGCGAACUUGUCGCUUCUCAAGCAGCUCUAGUGAAACAGGCAUUUGAAGCAGAGAGAGAUAUUAUCUACAUUUCUACAUUAGCACAAAAGCCUGAUAUGUCUUCUCCUAUCUUUAUGAAACUACUCGCGCCUAUUCAAAAGGCUUUAUCCGACAUUGUGAAUAUCAAGGACUCGAAUCGCGCUGACCCAAUGUUUAACCACUUGAGCGCGGUUGCUGAAGGCAUCCCUUCUUUAGGUUGGUUUACUUGUGAACCUACGCCUGUUCCUUUUAUCCGUGACAUGAAAGACUCUGCACAGUUUUACUCUAACCGUGUGUUGAAAGAAUACAAAGACAAGGAUACCAAACAUGUAGCGUGGUGCCGAGCCUAUUUAGAACUCAUCGAAAGCUUGGCAGUUUUUGUCAAGGAAAACUUUCCUACUGGCUUGAUAUGGAACGCAAAAGGUGAAUCAGCUGAAUCAUUUAUUGGAAAAUCAUUCUCUGAAGGAGCAACGACUGAACCAUCUACUGCCACGGGCCCACCUGCACCUCCCGUCGCCCCACCUCCACCUCCACCUGUGGUCUUUGAUGACGACGACAACGCUCCACCACAACCUACGGGCGCUGCUGCUGUCUUUGCCGAGAUCAACCAGGGUGCUGGUAUCACUGCCAAUCUGCGCAAAGUAGAUAAAAGCCAAAUGACGCACAAGAACCCUAGUCUGCGUGCACAAAAUGCGCCUGCCAAGAAACAGGGUCCACCUACACCCAACAAACCCGACAAGUUUAGUCUCAAGAAGGCGGCCAAGACAUCUUUAGAGGCCAACAAGUGGGUUGUCGAAAACCACGAAAACAAUCAUGAGAUCGUGAUUGAAGAGACGGCGAUCAACCAAGCUGUGUAUAUCUACAACUGUAAGAGCUCGACCAUUCGUAUCAAGGGUAAAGUCAAUGCGGUCACUGUUGAUUCUUGUACGAAAUGUGGUAUUGCUCUCGACUCAACUGUGUCGACGGUUGAUGUGGUCAACAGCAAAUCAUUUGCCCUUCAAAUAUUCAAGGUAACACCAACCAUCGCUGUUGACAAAUGUGAUAGCGGUGAGAUCUACCUGUCAAAGGACUGUUUGGGUGUAGAAAUCCUGUCUGCCAAAUCGUCUUCCUUGAACGUAUACGUCCCUGAAGAUCCGGAAUCUGAAGAUAGUGAGUUUAAAGAAAUGUUUGUGCCUGAACAAUUCAAGACAACCAUCGUUGAUGGAAAACUCGUUACUGUCACGGUUGAACAUGCAGGUUAA